AUGAAGGCUAUUUUGACAAGCGAGAAUCUUGAAAGGGCUAUGAGAUCAGAUGCCGGGCAGAAGGUGAUCGAUGGUGUCAUCCUGGCAAUCAUGUGGCACAUUUGGCUAACAUACUUCGUCCCUCUGAUUCUCGCCAAAGGCUUCUGUGUGUCUCUUGUGUUUAGCGUAUACUACUUCGGAUGGUUGGGUCGGUUUAGGGCAAGGUUUUUCAGAGGUCUCACACUGUUUUUGGAAAUAGUGCUGUAUUGUGUGUGGAAGCUAUGUAAAGCGCUAGCGGCGCUUUUGAAAAGCUUGUAUAGUAAUGGCAAUUCAGAGGGCUACGGCAUGCUAAGAGGCUAUGGAUACAACCCUCUAGUCUUCGACGCGAACGACAUCCGGUGA